AUGUCAGAGGCCCAUCCGCCCUCCGCAACUCACCAAAGCUGGACUGGUGCUGUUGCCGUUUACUUGGCAAAGCCCCCCAGGGCAGCUCUGUACCCCGGCCAGGCACCGCCGGGAGCAUCGUCAUCAUCAGCUCAAGCAGCUACUCUCCUCCCCGGCGCUAGUGGCGCCUACGACCCCGAGUUGCCACCUCCGCAUGUGGAUCCGCAGCCAGCAGCGGCCCCCGAAACAGCCUCCGCAGCAACGGUGCACCCGACGCGGCAGCAGCCCUCUCUGCUGUCUGCCCCCGCCAAGGCUGCCCUCCGCGGCACCUGGCUGCCCAGCCGGGGUAGCGCCACUCUGACGGCGGUGCUGUCCGCGGCGGGACACGGCGAGUUCACUGUCAAGGUCCAGCUGGAGAGUACGACACUGUGGAUGCAGGACCUGUUCAGCGGCGGCGGUGAGGUACGGCUGAUAGCGCCGACGAUGUCUCCGCCGGCGGGGCAGCAGGAGAAGCAGCAGCAGCAGCAGCAGCCAACCGCAACCGGAGGCCGCGGACCCGUCACUGACGCUACAGCCGCAACUAAGGGCCCUAGGGCAGCCGCGUCACACGAGCUUCAUCCAUGGCUACUGUUGCUACUGCCGCCGCGGCCACCUCCGUUGGCAAGCGCUAGCGCAGCUGCUGUUAUCAGCAAAGCUGUUGUUUCAUCGCAGGGGCCCCCGCCGGCGGCGCUGGGUGCUGUGCUGGAGCGCGGCUAUAGCGGUGCGGAGGUGGCAGCGUCAUCGUGUCCGCCAGCCCUUUGCUUCCGCUUCAACAGUCCGGGGGAAGGCAGGGCGUUUCGCUCGCUGAUGGAGGCGGCGGGUCGAGUGAAAGAAGCAGUUGUAUCGCGCGCGGAGGAGCGGCGGGCAGAUCUGGAGCGGCGGCGUGCGGAGGCCGCAGCGCGGCUACAGCGGCGGCGGGAGCUACAACUACUGGAGCAGCAGCAGCAGCAGCGGGGACGGCUGCAAACGCUAUCACGGCAGCAGGAGGCAGCGGCAGCGGCGCAGCGACACAGCCCAGCUGUUUGCGCACAUGAGGCUAAGCGAUGGGCAUGUACGGAUGAAAAGGGCCCUCGCCCUUUUUCCGGCUUUCAGGAGGCCGACACAGCCUUGUCGGACCGCACGAUCAGGCACGUAGGAAGCGACACGGCCGCUGACACGAGCCAACGAAAGGGAUCCGGCGAGGGAUCCGGCGAUUGCGGCAAAGUACAAAUCCCCAUCCGGCCACCGCAACUGCCGUCCGUGGCGCGUGUGCUAUUGCGCGCGGGGGGGAAGGCCAAGAUAUCCAUAAGCCCGGCGGACGUCUCGAUCAAGCUCAGCCAGAGGGACUCCUUGAGGUUCACAACGCCGCGCUACACCUCUCCGGACGGAACCACCAGGGGUCUGCAAGCCCCUGCCCUGAUCCUGGACGCUAUCUGUAGCAAUUUCUCUAUUGAGCUGACGAACAACUUGCCCUUCCAGCCGUUCCACACUUGCCCAGCCGGAGGGGACAAAAUCGAUAACGGUCCCAAGGAUUAUCAGUGGACCAACCUGCACACUCACGGCCUCAAGGUGGACCCCGGUGCUACCAGCAUCGACAACAUCUGCGAGCCUGGCUUUCCUAACGCCGGCAUAGCUGAUCGUACCAUCACCAUCCAGGAAUACUACUGCAACGACACCGUGUCGUCUCAGCAGUUUUGCAGGGUGAGGGGUGACAACGUAUUUGUCAUCGACCGGCCUCGCACCAACGCGACCUUCCUGUACAACAUACGGCAGCACCCCGCCGGUGCCACCGUGCGGUACACGUACCCGCUGGAGGCGAUUGUGCCUGGGGUGGGCUGGUAUCAUCCGCAUCAGCACGGCUCUGUGGCCAUUCAGACACCCACAUCCGCCGCACCGCUGAUCGUACCGGAAUCCUCACUUCCAGGCGGGGUGCGUGAGCUGUAUGUUGAAAACGGCCGUGGCAAUAAAAAAGAGUGCGACCGCCUUGUGAAGAUCCUGAAGGAGCAGCCAAUGGAGAGCAGUACCAUUUUGCAGAUCAACGGCAUCUGGUUUCGGAACACCUCAACAGCGAGCGGUGCCCUCAUACCCGAUGAUGACACCAUUCCCUUCCUUGGAAGCGCGGCAUCGCCACCGAGCGCCCUGCUGUUCGACUCGAGCGGAAAACCCCUGUACAAGAACGCGGCCGGCAGAGACUGGGGCCUGGUCAACGGUGCCUUCCAGCCAACCGUCUCUCUCACCGAAGGGAGGAUGCUGGUGGUCGACUCCCGUACCGGCGGACUGACCCCCGUGGACACGUGCAAGAUAUGGCUGCUUGGCCGCGACGCUGUGCCGUUACCCACAGUGCCCCGUUUGCUGUCGUCCAAGCCAAAUGGUGGUAGCCGCUUCUACAAUGACGUCAUCAUGGGUCCAGCUAACCGGGUAGAUGUUGUGAUCAAGUGCGAUGUUCCCGGCAAGUACGUGCUGGCGUCAUGUGCCGGGCCCUUCCGCACUAACUACGAUGCCUGCAGGGCGACACACUGCGAGUGCUUCGGAGACCGCCCCGCCAACGGCGCGCUGCUGCGCCCCGCCAACAACCUAUACGGUGGCUUCGAGCUGGAUGCGGCUGUACUGGCGGUGUUGGACGUACACGCGCGGCCCCGAGACAAGAAGUCCGAGCAUGAUUUCGCGAACGGUGUCUGCAAGUCAAGGCUGGAGUUCUUCCGUUACUUAGACUACCAAAACUUCCCCAAGCCCGCAACCGAGCAGUGCAUCUCUUUCAUGAAUCAGCAGUUUGGCGGCGCCUGCACCAUUAAUAACCAGCUCUUCCCGCAAGGAGUUGGAUACGUGAUGCAGGGCAGUCAGCAAAUUUGGAGGCUCCGUGAUGUGACGUUCCACCCCUUCCACCUGCACGAGACUCCAGUCCGACUGACGAAGCUGCCGCCCUGCGCGGCGAAGGUCACCAACAACUGGCAGGAUGGUGACUGGUUGGACUCCAUUCUGCUGCCGCCGUGCCAGACGGGCUGCCCUUGGCCCGCCCGCGGCAGCGGCAAUGGCACCUGCGGCGACCCCGUCACCGUGUGUGACGAGACCACAGUCCAGUGGCUAGCCACGAACUUCGAUCAGGUACCCGCUAUGGCCUUAGGCACCGGCGGGAGCAAUGACUUGUGCAGUCGCAAGAACGGAAACAGCGGCAUGAAGCCAGUGGCGCUUCCAGACGUGUGCUCUGAGCGUCUCUCUGUGUUCCACUGCCACGUCCUUCCACACGAGGACGAGGGCUGCAUGGCGCUGUUGGUCUGGUUCUGCCCGGGCUUCACGCCUCCGAGUGCCGCCUACCCUGCUCAAUGUCCCGCCACCUACACAAAUAACUGCUCCCCGCCAUCGGCAUCUCGCAACGGUCCCCCGCGUCGUCCUUGA